CUCUCACGCGCUUCAAAGUUCACGUGACACAAACACGCUCCCAACACAAGCUGGCUCUUUCUCUCCUUCUUCUUCUCCGACGACUUUUAAACCGACAAACUCUCUUCUCUUCUACAUUACGGCACCACACACACACACCUAUAUAAACCGGCUUUCACUUUGAUCUAUCGGAUUGUGUAAACCGGUUUUGUAAAGGUUUGUCUUUUAUAGAGAUUUUCCUCAAAGGUCGGAGCUUUUAAGGGUUUUAGGAAUCGAAAACUAUGGAAGAUGAUUACAAAACGCCGCGUUUUACGAUCGGUAGGCAAUCAUCGAUGGCGCCGGAGAAGAAUCUCGAGCCGUCGGUUCACUCGGAAGAGGAGGUGCUUGAGGACGGAGAGGAGAUCGACGGUGGUGUGAGGCUUAUGUAUUUGUCUAACGAAGGUGACAUUGAAGGGAUCAAGGAGCUUCUUGACUCAGGGAUCGAUGCUAAUUACAGAGAUAUUGAUGAUCGGACAGCUCUACACGUGGCGGCUUGUCAGGGGUUGAAGGAUGUUGUUGAGCUUCUUCUUGAUAGGGAAGCUGAAGUUGAUCCUAAAGAUCGUUGGGGAAGCACUCCUCUUGCAGAUGCGAUAUUUUAUAAGAAUGUUGAUGUAAUUAAGAUUCUUGAGAUGCAUGGAGCUAAACAUCCGAUGGCUCCAAUGCAUGUGAAGACUCCUCGUGAGGUUCCUGAAUAUGAAAUUAAUCCUAGUGAGCUUGAUUUCACUCAAAGCAAAGAGAUCACAAAGGGAACUUACUGUAUGGCAAUGUGGCGUGGUAUUCAAGUUGCGGUGAAAAAGCUUGAUGAUAAAGUUUUAAGCGAUGAUGAUCAAGUGAGGAAGUUUCAUGAUGAGCUUGCGUUGCUCCAGAGGCUUAGGCAUCCAAACAUUGUUCAGUUUCUUGGUGCUGUGACUCAAAGCAAUCCAAUGAUGAUUGUAACUGAAUACUUGCCUAGGGGAGAUUUGCGUGAGUUGCUCAAAAGGAAAGGACAAUUAAAACCAGCUACUGCUGUUAGAUAUGCUCUUGACAUUGCAAGGGGAAUGAGCUAUCUUCAUGAGAUCAAAGGAGACCCUAUUAUCCACCGAGAUCUUGAACCUUCAAACAUAUUGAGAGAUGAUUCAGGGCAUCUGAAAGUUGCAGAUUUUGGAGUAAGCAAGCUUGUUACUGUUAAAGAAGAAAAGCCUUUCACAUGUCUAGACACUUCUUGUCGAUAUAUUGCUCCUGAAGUUUUCACUAGCGAAGAAUAUGACACAAAAGCUGAUGUUUUCUCCUUUGCGUUGAUCGUUCAAGAGAUGAUUGAAGGACGAAUGCCUUUUGCUGAAAAGGAAGACAGUGAAGCUUCAGAAGCUUAUGCAUGCAAAGAGCGGCCUUUGUUCAAAGCUCCAUCAAAGCUUUACCCUCAUGGACUUCAAAAGUUGAUAGAAGAAUGCUGGUUAGAUAAACCGGCUAAGCGACCUACUUUCAGAGAGAUCAUUAAACGGCUUGAGUCCAUUCUUCAUCAUAUGGGUCACAAGCGACAAUGGAGGAUGAGGCCAUUGACUUGCUUUCAGAACUUCGAGCACAAGAAGAAACAUAAUUGGGAUAUGAGCAGUCAUGACGGCUCAUCAUCCGGUUCACAUUUGUGAUUCUUUUAUCCGGUUAAGAAAUGAUUCUUGUGUAUUCCUUCCGGUUUAGUUUGGACAAGAGCUGCAUUCUACUGUAGUAUAAAAAUAUUGUAAGAUCUAUGGUGUUUUAACCUCAAGAUAUAUUUGCUGUUGUAAUAUUAAAGUUGCUUCAAAAUGUAUGAUUCUACCUCAUUUAUAUGGUUCUUAUUUCGAAAUGUAAGAAGUAUGCCAAUUGUUAGAUUUUCUUGUGUUAUUAGCUUUGAUUGGAGAACUUGAAACUUCAAGUAACUUCAAAAUCAGUCCGGUGUUCUUUAUUUUUUUUGCUAAAUCUUUUUCUUCUCCUGCAGUUUUCUUCAAUAUGUGUUUUUGUGCUGUUUGAUAAAACAGUAGACAAUUUGUGCUGUUUGAUAAAACAGUAGACAAUUGGGAUAAUAACACUGGUUCUUAUUAUAGGAUCUAAUGUGAGUGUUACUUUAAGCCUAAAAUCGGGUUCAUUGAUUUCGGUAGCACAAGACCCAUUGCGGAUGAUGAUCGAGCAAGUGAGCUUGCGAGAAACCCGUCGAGUAAAAUGAGAAGGGAGAUCGCGGAAGAAUCACGGAAAUGGUUAGAAAAGCAAGUCAUUAAAAAAAAAAGAAGAGAAUUAGAAGCAACACACACAGAAAAGCUUAGAUCUUACCUCUACUCUCAUCGAUCUCAUUUAUUAGUCUGUAGUUCAUUUACAGCUUUGAUCUUCAUUUGUUAUUUUCGAUUUCGAUUAUUGCUUUGUAUCAAAUCUUAUAUAAAAGAAGUUCAUUUUUAUCAACAAAAUUCAUAUUGUAUCGUUGUGUUCUAAAAACAUUGUUGCC